UAUCAGCUUGGAAUAUGUUAUUGACUGAUAUUACAGUCAUUUAUCAUUUUUCAUCAUUGAACUUUUAUUAUAAAUUUUAAGACUGACUUUUUUUAAAGUUUUGUUUUAAAAAAUAACAAAAAUGUAUUUUAAUUAACGUGUAUUUUCUCAAGUUUUAUUAGCAUCAAAAUGUUCAUACAACAGAUGUUUAUAACUCCUAAAACAUAAAUUUUUGUUGUUAUAAAAGUUUUAUUUGAAUAAAAUAUUUAAUCUGUAAAUUUAAUACACUGAAAUUUUUUAGGAAUUUGUUUUAAACUGUUUAAUGUGUUUAUUCUUUAAUAUAUUCUACAAUUUAACUCUUACAAGUCUCAAAUUUUUCAGUAUUUCAUCAAACAAGUUUGUUUUUUUAGGUCAUCAUUGAAAAUUUUACACUUAAAUCGUUUUCUGAUUAUAUGACGAGAAGUUUUCUCAAACAUUGGUUAGUCAUAAAAUUUCAUCAUUGAUUAAAUUUUUCGUUUUGCUGUAUCUAUAGAGCAAAAUGUAAAACUAAAUUCUCAUUAAACAAUAGAUGAGAAUCUUUAUAUUCUAAAUGUCUUUAGAGUUUACAAUAAAAGAGAGAAAUAAAUAUUCCCGAUAAAAUCCAAAAUAACUUUUAAAAUUGAAGCAAGCAUGUUUGCGUUGCGGAUAAAGAGGAUACUUGCAUUAAAAUUAUUCGCUCUGAACUUUCUAAGAAGCUGAUAUAUAUAGAAUCUAUUUUAAAACUAAGUCUCUUUUAUUUCACUUCCUCUCUUUAACCUAACCAUACCAUUUACAUGAAAGGAUCCUAUCUCCCCAAGAUAUUUAUAAUCAAUUUUAUAAAUUUUUAAUGCAGAUAAGCUUGCUUUUCAAUUGGAUAUCACAUCUAUAGCUAGCAUUCAAGCAACAGUCUUGCAUAAAUUGUUGUGCUUAUCAAUUUAAACACAUUCCAUGCUAAUAUUUUCCUUAAAAAUUAAAUUUUUAUAUAUUACUAUUUCAAAUUACUUUGAAUCCAGCAUAAUUUUCAUAGUUACAAGUCUAAUAAUAGUAACAUUUCGUUAUAUGAUCCAUUAUCAUUUUCGUCAAUUGUUAGAAUAUUGUCCUAAAACUAAAAAUAACUAAAAACUAACAAUGUAAAAAUGGCAUUGUUCCGUGAGAGAUAUUUAAUAUUUGUGAUAAGAUUGCUUAAAACUAAACUAAUGAUAGCAAGUGCAAAAUAUUUAAAUCAACAGGAAAUCUAAACCCAUAAUGACGUAUAAAAUUCGUCACUCUGAAGAUAAACAGACAUCAUUCAUGACGUCAAAAAACGCUAAAAAGUAAACCGAUAACCGAUAAACUAUCGUUAUUAACAACUAUUCUAAACAAUCGAUAAAAUUCCGACAACACAUAUUACUGUAAAUUUGUAAAUCUGUACAGUAUUAUACGAAUUGAAUCAGAUUUUAAAAAAUUAUAUAUUUUUUUAAAUGCGUGAAAAUACGCAAUGCACUGAACUGUCAGUCUUGUAUACGGAAUUAUUUAUUGAUCCAUGUUAGAAGACAUGAUGGUGGAAGUUCCGUGAUCCAGCCACUCCGUCCAUUGUACAUAAAUCAGCAUCUGUAAUAAUGUUCAUAUUAAUGUUUACUGUCUUCUAUCAUCAAAAACAAAUCUUACUCUUAUUUAAUUUGAUUCUGACAGUCAGUGGUCAACAACAAUAUUUUAGAGUCAGGCCUAGAAAAACAGAAGUGAUUCAAGGACAAACUGUAGAUCUUCAGUGUCACAUUGGAAAUUUAAUGGGGGCUGUGCAGUGGAGCAAAAAUGGAUUUGUCUUAGGAUUCGAUCCUGAUAUUCCAGGUUAUCCCAGAUACAGCAUGAUUGUAGAUGAGAGGAGGGGUGUUUAUAAUUUAAGGAUAAGAGAGACACGUCUAGAAGAUGAAGGAGAGUAUCAAUGCCAAGUUGGUCCUGCUCCCUUCAACCACCCUAUAAGGGCCCAAGCUCGACUGACUGUUUUGAUACCUCCUCAACAGUUGCUUUUAUAUCAUCGUGAUAAAAGAAAAGAGGUGAGAGUGGUUGAAGCAGAAAGAUAUUCCAUUGCUUGUUUUGCUAACAAUAGUAAACCAGCUUCACAGUUGAAAUGGUAUAGAAAUGAUAUACCAAUUAGAGAAGAUCUUAUUCCAAAUGAACAAAAGAUAGUAGAUGAUAAACUUUAUACAACAAUUAGUGCUUUACAAUUGUAUGCCAUUUUAAAUGAUCAUGGAGCUGUUUAUACUUGUGAGGCUAGCCAUCCUGCUCUGUCAUCUCCUAUCAGAUCAGACCUGACUAUAAACGUUUUGUAUCCACCAGGAAUGCCAGAAAUUGAAGGUUACCAUGAUGGUGAUGUUAUACAAGAAGGUGAUACAUUGACAUUGGCAUGCAUCUGUCGUGGAGGUAAUCCACCAGCCAAUCUUUUAUGGUAUCGUAAUGAUGUUCAGGUUGACGAUACCUUUACUGCCAAUCCUAAAGAGACUACUAAUGUUUAUACAUUUACUGUAAUCUCAAGUGACAACAAUUCCAUGUUCAGAUGUGAUGCAAUCAGCACAAUUACUGGUCAUUAUCGCACGAAAGAAGUUAAGCUUACUGUGAUAUGAUAUGUUGUUUUGUAAAUGGAAGAGUUAGCUCCAUCAACUAAUAAUUCUUUUUAACAAUGGAAAUUUUAAGAGGUGUUGUUAUUAGGAUUUUAUGCAGGAUAAAUUAUCAAGAAACAGAAGAAUUUUUUGUAUAUUGUAAUUUAAAUAAUUUGUCUUCACAAAUAGAUUUAAAUAAUAAAAAAACAAAAAAAAAAUGAUGAUAAAUUAAAAUAUGUUUGUGCUUUAUAGUUUUACUCUCGUAUAUUUUGUCUGUGAAAAUAAUCUUUGAUCCUUGUAUUAUUUUACGGACUAAAAAAAGAAAAAGCAGUCAGCCUUGUUUACGACUGCUUGCAGACAGUUACGCAAUGCCCAAAGAUUAGGUUGUACCGGAAGAUAAUGAACCCAAUGACCACUCACUUGAUGAUAAUCGUUCGGAAUGAGGAUAAUUAUAUCAUUUCAAAACUAUUAUCAUUCGUGCAGAGAAAUUAUUUGUAGACUAUUUUACCUUUUAA